CCACCGCUCCUCCAAAUCCAGUAUUUGCGUUUGUUUUCUGAACGACCUUUUUUGAUUUGGGUUUUCAACCAUAAGAUAAGACCAUCCCUUAGGCUUAAUAUAUCUUCCUCUCAUAUAUAGUUUCCUUAAUUUCCUCAACCUUUGUCAACCUUUGCCUCUAAUUCCUUGCCAUUAACAAACAAAUCACGCAAGACGCCAAUUUGCUUCAUAUCAUUUGCCGUUUUAGUUCAAGACAAACAUGGAGUUGUUCAAAACAGCCAGAGUGGUACGCUUACGAAGCCACCACGACAAAUAUCUAUUAGCAGACGACGAUCAUGAGUCGGUAUGCCAAGAUCGGGAUGGAACGGUGAGGAAUGCGAGAUGGACCGUGGAGUUUGUCAAAAAUUCAAACACUUUACGUUUCAAAAGCUGUUAUGGCAAGUAUUUGACAGCCGCCAACAUGCCGUUCAGGCUAGGAUUGAGAGGCAAGAAAGUCCUACAAACCCUGCCAAAGAGAUUGGAUUCUUCUCUAGAAUGGGAGCCUAUAAGAGAGGGAUGUCAGGUCAGGCUCAAGACUCCCUACGGCCAAUUCUUGCGGGCAAAUGGGGGUGUGCCGCCUUGGAGAAACUCUAUCACCCAUGAUGUCCCUCAUAGAACUGCAAGCCAGGACUGGGUUCUGUGGGAUAUAGAUGUUAUAGAGUUUCGGCCUGAAUCUCCGAAACCUCGGCCUGAAUCUCCAGAACGCCAGCCUGAAUCUCCAGAACGUAGACCAGUGGCUCUACCCCCGCCCCCUCCACCACCUGAACUGCUUGCAGAACCUACAGAACCAACAUCUCCAUCCAAGAUUGAGCUUAGGUCGCCACGAACUUCCAAAGAAGAGUCAAGUGAGUCAUUCAAUCAUGGUUCUCCGAUGAAAGAUGCAGGGAGAAUGAUCCACUAUCAUGUGGCUAAUGAUAAAGGAGAUGUCGAGGAUUCAGCUGAAGAGUUUUCCUUCUCCUUCAAGGGUAGCGAGGUAGAGGGGUUGAAGAAAAAGUUGAAGGAAGAGACCGGGCUAGAGGAAAUUGUUGUGUGUUCUCGUAAUCCACUGAAUGGGAAACUGUAUCCCAUUCGUUUACAUCUUCCUCCAAACAACCAUGAUAUGCAUGUUGUUGUGGUUCCCUCUUCAUCUGAAGCAGCAAGUGACUUGUGACUGGACUGAAUUUGCAAAACCUGCGAACAUCAGAUGCCCACUUAUUCUAUACGUUCAGUUCUGAAUCUGCUCAAAUUUGCAAACACAGAUAGGAAGUAGAGUGGAAUAACCAUAACUCAUCAUUCACAUCGCUACAGAGGGGAAGUAGCAAAUCAUGCACAAAAGCAAAGGAAAUGUCUUUUCUAGAUGAUUAUUCAGUAAAUUGGUUCAUGAAAAUUUUCAGGGCUAGACCCAAUUACUUUGUUCAUUUUUUGAUAUUCUUGAUGUAUGAGAACAAAUAAGACAAGUCUCAUUUAGCACAACCAA